AUGCCACCCAGCAGUCUCGCCAGACCGCUGCCUGGGACGAAGCGCAGGGACCUGCAGCCACCGGACAGGGAGCACGCGGACGCCGAUGAAGAGUGGACGUGGGGCAGGCUACCGGAGAACGUCUUCUUGGACCCGAAGGUCGAGACGGCGACCUUCGGGCUGAAUCCGGUGUCGCGGCCGGGCGGCGGCAAGGGCCGGGGCAAGGGCCGCGGGCCCGCCCCGCAGCCCCGCGCCGCGGAGCCCGCCGCGGCGAGCCCCAGCGCCCCACGGCCCGGCACGGCGGAGCCCGGCGCGGCGCAGCCGCCCCUGGGCGCGGAGGGUCCCGGCUCGGGCGAGCCCAGCUUGGGGAAGCCCGCAGCGGGCAAGGCUGUGGCGGGCAAGCCUGGCGCGGGCAAGCCUGGCACGGGCGAGCCCGGCUCGGGGAAGCCCGCGGCGGGCAGGGCCGCCGCAGGCAAGGCUGCAGCGGGCAAGCCCGCGUCGCACGAGCCUGGCGAGGGCAAGCCCGCAGUUGGCGGGAGCAAGCCCGGCGCGGGGAAGCCCGCAGCGGGCAAGCCUGGCGCGGGGAAGCUGGGAGCGCAAGCGGCCGGCAAGGGUCGCGGAGCCGAAGGCCUGGGCGGCCCGCGAGUUCUGCUUGGUGCGAGGGGGGAUCGAGGAUAG